GCGGCGGCCGAGCCGCGAGGCGCCCUGCGGAGCCGCAGCGCCGGCGGCCGCGCGAUGCUGAGCCUCAAGCUGCCCCGGCUGCUCAGCAGCAGCCAGGUGCCCCAGGGGUACCAGGAGCUGGGAAUCCUGUUUGGGUAUCGCCACCCGAGGAGCUCUGCAACGGACUGUCUGCUCAGCGUCUUCCAGAUGACCAACGAAACCCUCAAUAUCUGGACGCACUUUGUGCCUACCUGAGGGUCUUUGCAAAGGCAGGAGGAGAAGGGUUUGGUUUCUGGCGAAUCCGUCUGGCAGCACCAACGGCAAAGAGGUACUUCUUGUGGCACCUGCUGGGCUCGCUGCACCCGCGCGACGGCCAGGCGGGCGCCCGGGCCUGGCCCUUCCUCGCCUACCUGCUCUCCUGCUGCCUCUACCCCUUCGCCUCCAGCUGCGCCCACACCUUCAGCACCAUGUCCAGCCGGGCCCGGCACAUCUGCUACUUCUUCGACUACGCCGCCCUCGGCACGUACAGCUUAGGCUCUGCGCUGGCGUAUUCAGCGUACAUUUUCCCCAAAGAAUGGGUCAACGGCACUUUCCACUGUUGUUAUGUUCCCGUCGCUGUGUUUAACGCUGUUGUUAGCAUCAGCCUCUCCUGCUAUUCCAGGUUUCUGGAGGUGGAGCGGCCCCGGCUCAGCAAAGCUUCCCGCACCCUGGCCUUUGCGUACCCAUACCUGUUUGAUAGCAUUCCUCUCUUCUACAGGUUCUACCUGUGUGCGGUGGAGAGCUGCACAGAGGCCGUGAUCGUGGUCCACUACAAACACACAGCGCUUGCCUUCCUCACGUGCUUCGUUUUUGCUAGCCAUCUGCCAGAGAGACUUGCACCAGGACACUUUGACUACAUUGGGCACAGCCACCAGGUUUUCCACGUGUGCGGGAUCAUUGGCACGCACUUCCAGAUGGAAGCCAUCAGGAUGGAUAUGACUGAGCGCCACGACUGGCUCCUGGCCACUUCGACGCUUCCCUCGGCCCUUCAGACUCUCGGUCUGAUGGGCAUCUGCAUAGCUAUUUCCCUGGCUGUCAUUGGGCUCUGCUCAGUGUCUCUUAGCUUCAUGCCUGAGCCUUUGCAGACAGAGAAGUUGCAUGGGCAUUAGGCUUCGGUUUUAGAUACUAUUUAUAUGGCUUCAUGGGAGAGAAACUAAACCAUGUGUCUAUGGUAUGAAUGAAGAUGAAUUUAUUCACGUACACCCUUUAAGAAAAGGUUUAUUUAAAAUUUCUCAAGAAUGAAAUAUUUUUAUAUUGCACUUUUCUUUACAUAGCUUUAAAGAUUGAAACAGAUUCUGAAAUGCUUUUAAUCAAGUUGAUAGUUUACCACAAAAAAUGUUUAUAAUAAUCUUAGAUUUUUAUGUAAAAGGGAGAUAAAUGCUAUUAUUUUCCAAAGCAAUAGGCAUUCAUCGGUUCUGCCUUAUGGAAGAAUUGGUGAUCAUCGGAUGACAUGAAUGUGCUUGUUAUUAAUUUAGACUGGAAGCAAAAACUCAGCUGUAUGGAAAUCAAUGUGAAUUGUUUUACUGACUUCAGUGCAGACAGGGCUGGCGAGUCCUGACGGGUGAGCUCCGAGGAGGCUGCUCUGCAGCCAGCUCUUGCAAUGCUUUUCCAGGUUUCCUCUGAAAGAUUCUGCUUUCAUUGAGGGUGUGAGCCCCAGCUUGCUAAGGCAGGGGCACACUUCUGUGGCGUGGAGCAAUUUUAGAUCCAUUCCCUGCAUCACUUGACAUCAGCUAGCUGGAUCAUUAGCCAGGAUGUAACAGUGUGAUGCUAGUCAGGUCAGCGGAUCUGGCUCCUUUGCAAAAGAGUAUGAGAAAGAGCUCUCCUAAGGGGCCCCCUAACUAACGUUUUAACCUGAACAGCAGUAUCAUCUAGAAGAUUAAAAACUCAAAUAUUUGUCUUCCACAGCCUUACAUUAAACCAAAGUGCCUAACAGAUAUGUUACUGAGAGAGACUAGAGCUUGCCUAUGUUUCAAAUUUCACUGAAUUUGUUUGUGUAGCCUUGACUUUGAGGAUGCCUGCAAUGAGAUUGUCACACUGGACUUACCUAAUAACACGUAGUAGGCACAUCAACAUAUAAUGCAAAAAUUACUGCUGUGGAAUGUUAUCAAGCUUCUUGAUAAUCAUACAGGUGUAUAAUUUGUUUUCUAUAUAAUUACCUCUACUAAGGUAUAAUAGAUGCACUUUUGAGUGACAAUACAACAGCUCUUUAAAUAUAUUACAGGACAAACAACUCUUUUGAAAACAAGCUUUCUUUUGAAAGCUGACCAAGAUUUGUAUAAAUCUUUGUAAGCACUGGAACAUAAUUAUUUAUUCAACAGUUUUAUUUCAUUAAAAGGGAAAACUAAUAUAACUAUGGCACUGAUAUAUGCUAACCUGAUUUGGAUGAUUUAUAAGAAUAUUGUCUGUGAAAACAACUGCUUCUAAGAUAAGUGCUAAUACUUGCAAAUUAUUUGCCUUGUGUACAUGUGUAACUGGAAAGGAAUUUGUCUUUUGUGUGCAAGAAAUGAUUUAAGAUUUUCUAAAAUUUACAUUAAUUUAUUAUAAUUUUUAUUGGUAGUUUAACUUUUGAAUAUGGGAAGUCCUUUUGUCUUCUCCAUUUGCAACAUCUAUUAAAUAUGUCAUUAUUUUUAGGAAAACUACACUAAAACAUACAGCACUAUUUUAUACACUGCUACAAUCCGUACAGAUCCUGCAAUGCUAUGCAUUGAACUUUUUCUAAUAGAUACCUUACAGACUAAAUGACUGAAUGUUGUUUGAUCUUGAAGCACCAUAAGUAAGCCAGAUUUCUUUUUCAGUUGGAGCUAUGCCUUCCAAAAGCUAUUUUAUGUACUAAGUUUUAUGCACAUAUAAAGAAAUAAAACCUCUGUGUCAAACUGUUACAUGUAAAUAA